AUGAAUCAUUGCUUCUUGUUCUUGUUCAAUUUAAUUUUACUGAUUAAAAUAAAAAAUAUCUAUUAAAAGUAUACAGUUAAAAUUAUUGAAAAUGUCUUGCAAUUCUUGUGCUAAACCAUAUUCACUAUUAAGGAAAGAGAAAGGCUGUCCAAACUGUGGAUUCAGUUUCUGCUCCAAAUGUUUAGAAUACAAAAUGUUUGUACCAAAGUUGAAAGCUGAAGCAAAAGUAUGUGCAAAAUGUAAAAGGUUACCACAAUCAGAUGAGCCAAGGAAAAUUCAGCCGCCAGAUGCAUAUUAUAAAAGACUUGGAGUAAUGAAAAAUGAUUCCUUCGAUAAACUAGAUUCACAACAGCAACCAAAUAGUAGCAACAAUGUAGAUCAAGAAAUUAUUAACAGACUUCGUAAAUUAAAGGAAGACAGCAAAAAGCCACAAACAUCUGAAGAAGAAAUUGCCCAAAGAUUGCAAAAGAUUAAAGGAGAAAUGCCCAAGACCUCAGAUGCAGAAAUACAAGAAAGACUGGCAAGGCUAAGAGGGGUCCCUAUUGCAACAGUUCAAAGUCAGACAACAUUACCAGCUCCAGACUUAAGAACAGAACAAGAACAGGCAGAUGAUUUAAUCAAGAAAUAUAUGGAGCAGACAAAAAUUGAUACUAAAUAUAAAGAAGAAUUUGAUGGACUGGUCAAUGAUAUUGAGUCUAGACUGGGCAAGUUGAAAGGAGACCCUAGUACAGGAGGCCCUAGUGGCCAGAGUUCCAAAUCUGUGGAGGUUGAAUCUGAAGAUGAAGAAGAAACAGUGAAGAAAAUUAUCGAAAAGGUAAAAGCAGAAAGUCUACAUGAUGAUGAUGAGUUACCGUCAUCAACAAAUGAUGAACUACCGUUCUGCGAAAUCUGCAAUGAAGAUGCGAAAAUGCGUUGCUUAGGAUGCAGAUAUCUGUUCUGCAAACAAUGCUUCUUGGAGCACAAAGAUGAUGAUGAUGGCUGCAAUAGAUAUGAGCCAUACACUCCACCAAAAGGAGUUCACUAUUAAUUUUCUAUUUAUAAGCAAAGUUCACAUGUAACAAUCACUUUAUUAGGCUUUAAAAUAAUACAAGCUAUUUAUUUAAA